GCCUCUCGCUUCGCAAUCUGCUGCCAUUUCGCCGUAUGGUCCAUCCCAUGGGCCAGUCUAGGGAUCCUUAGGCUUCCGAUACGGUGGGCAGCGAUCGACAGGCCCGCACUAGCCGUGCACCCAGAUCUCUCAUUUCCCCAGGGCCGCCGGCAUUGAACUUAGCCUGCCAACAGUCGGCCAUGCGGCCAGCUGCCAGUGCCCAGCCACCAUGGUCAUGUAAGUGGGAUGGUCGCCCAAGCCCAGCGCUCGGUGACAACCCAUUUUCCCAGCCCGUUGCCUUCAAUUAUGCUCACCUCACCAUGCGUUUCGCCUUGAUUCUGUCGUGCGCUGCGCUCGCGCGUGCGCAGUACUCGGCGAACGAGGGCGCAAUCGCCUCAGCCGCUACAUCUCUGCCUGCCACUCCGACGCCUCAGGCCGCGCCGUCUCCCACAGUCAGCGCCGCUGUCAUCUUCCCCUCCGCCGAUAGCUCGUGGUCCCACAACGGCACGGCGUACUUCAAGUACUCGUUGCCCGACGGUGUGAGCCCGAAGAGCAUCGUCUACGUCCUCUCCAACGACAACUCGGCGCUUCUCAAGGCUGGCAAUUCAGAUUUGGACGAGUUGAAGUCCUACUUUGUGUUUCAGAGGCUGAUCCGAUCGACGGCGCAGCCGGCUGGAACCGGGACAUACUGGAUCAAGUGGAUUCCUGCGUACGGCGACAAUCCCGAUGAUGUGCAGCCGGGCUCGGGCUUCAAGGUCGGCGUGGCUUACCGUCUUGGCGACACCACUCAGCCGCUCCAGUUCGCCUGGUCUGUGCCCUUCGAGAUCCGUGCCGAUGGAGCAGACAGUCUUCCGGCUGAUGUGUCGGCGUACCCAGCGAACGCAACUAUGAGCAACUGGAAUCCGCCCAAUGGACCGACGCAGUCUGCCGUUUUGAGUGGUGGAGGCCUCAGCCUCGCCCCACUUCGGUGGGGCGCGAGCGUCGGCGCCAUAGUGGCGAUGGCUGUGGGAUUGUGACCUUUGCCCCUCGAUGGGGCAUAUGUGGACAGUGGGAAGAGUAUGCGGCGAGGGAGGGUUGUCGAGAUGAGAGACGUUGAUUGUCAUAUUCACGGACGUGACAACCCUGGGUAUUAUAGGUGAUGAGACGCGUUAUAGCAGUGCACGAUGUCAUGUAAUGUUGUC